UACCAGAUUUUAAACAUCUAUCAUAAAGUAAAUUUAAUACUAGUGCGUUUUUGUUUAUAUUUAUUUUUUAUUCAAUGAUAAAAAUAUAUAUUUCUAAAAAGAUUUUUUGAUUAUUUUUUUAUGAAUAUUGAUUUACCUAUUAAAUAAGUGUUUCGUAAUAAUACAUAGUUAUAAUACAAUUCAAUAUUUAUAAGAUUUUAUGGUAUAAACAAGAAAAAUGAUUUGGCUCGCUUUAGUUAUUGUGGCCAUAGGUUUAUUUUAUUGGAAAUUUGUACGUCCAUUAAGUUUAUGGAAGGAUAAAGGAUUACCAUAUGUGAAAGGAUAUCCAAUUGUUGGUAAUUAUUUGGGACCGGUAUUAGGACGAUUAUCAUUUGCUGAAGCUAUUCAAGUUUAUUAUAAUGCAACUUCAGAAGAAAAAUGCGCGGGAAUUUUUAUAUUUAAUCAACCACAAUUAAUGAUUCGUGAUCCUCAAUUAAUAAAACAAAUGUUCAUCAAAGAUUUCGAUCAUUUUACUGAUCAUACAACAGUAUUUUUUACUGAAGGUUUUGAUACUAUAUUCGAUAAAAAUUUAUUUGCUUUAAAAGGAAAUGAUUGGCGUGACAUGAGAGCAACAUUAAGUCCAGCAUUUACUGGCGUAAAAAUGCGUGGUAUGUUUCAAGUGAUGAACGAAUGCGGCGAACAAGUUUAUCAUCAUUAUUCCAAUGAAUUGAAAGCAUUAAAAGAUUCACAUUUGGAAUUAGAUUUGAAAGAUUUAUUUACACGAUUUACAAAUGAUAUAAUUGCAUCGACGGCUUUUGGCGUGAAAUGUGAUUCAUUUAAAAACGAUAAAAAUGAUUUUUUUGUAAUGGGCCGUAAAGCAACGACUAUAUCAACUUUGCGAUUUUUAUUGGUUAAUUUUAUGCCUGCGGUUAUGAAGCUUUUGCGAUUGAGCGUUAUUCCGAUUUACGUUUGCGAUUAUUUCCGAAAUGUAGUAAAAGAAACAACGGAAAUUCGAGUACGUGAGAAUAUUGUACGACCAGACAUGCUAAACUUACUAAUGGAAGCGAAAAAAGGUGCUUUAAAAGUUGAAGAACAAAAAGAGGAAAAUAGAGGAUUCGCAGUUGCCGACGAAUACAAUAAUCAUCACGGAAAAAUCAAAAUUUUGAAUGACGACGAUGUUGCUGCUCAAGCUUUUAUAUUUUUCUUCGCUGGUUUCGAAACUGUAUCCACUGCAAUGUGCUUCCUGGGUUAUGAAUUAGCUUUAAAUCCGGACAUACAAGAACGUGUUUAUGCAGAAAUUCAAGAUGUUUUAGAAUCGAAUAAUGGAAAACUAUCGUAUGAUAUUCUAAAUAAAAUGAAAUAUUUAGAUAUGUGCGUAUCCGAAUCACUUCGAAAAUGGCCACCGGCUGUUUUAACUGAUCGAUUAUGUACAAAACCAUAUACACUUGAAGUUAAUGGUAAAAGUGUUGUACUUGAGACAGGCACAAAUUUAGGUAUACCCAUUUAUGGUAUACAUCAUGAUCCACAAUAUUAUCCAAACCCAGAGAAAUUUGAUCCAGAACGAUUUAAUGAUGAGAAUAAACAGAGUAUUGAUCCAAUGACAUAUUUACCAUUUGGUGUUGGACCCAGAAUUUGUAUUGGUUCAAGAUUUGCUUUGAUGGAAGUAAAAAUUGUGAUUGUACAUCUUGUAAAAAAUUUUGAAAUAAUUUUAACGAAGAAAUCAACAGUUCCGCCAAGAAUGACAAGAAAAUCAACAAAUAUGACUAUCGAAGGUGGUUUUAAUGUUGGACUCAAAGCAAGAAGAACUUUUAUCAUUAAAAAAAUGCUCGUCUUGAGUUUAUUUAUAAUAUUAAUAGCCAUAAUAUAUUUCUAUUUUAUUCGCCCGUUAAAUUAUUGGAAAAAUUUGGAUGUACCAUUUAUACCUGGAUAUCCAAUUGUUGGUAACUUUAUAUGGACAUCAUUGAAAAAACAAUCGUUUACGGAUGAAUUAAAUUCACUAUAUAAUGCAUUCCCAAAUGAAAAAUGUGUCGGAAUGUUUUCAUUUGGUACAGCGCCAGCGUUACUAAUCCGUGAUCCAGAAUUGUUGAAACAAAUAACUAUCAAAGAUUUUAAUUAUUUUACUGAUCAUACAAAAAGCUUUUUUAAGGAUGGUUUUGAUACAUUAAUCGAUCGGAAUUUAUUUACAUUAAGUGGCAAUGAAUGGCGUGAUAUGAGAGCGACAUUAAGUCCGGCAUUCACUGGUUCAAAAAUGCGUGGAUUAUUUAAUAUGAUGAACGAUUGUAGCGAACAAUUUGUGAGUUAUUACUCGAAUAAAGUAAAGAAUGCUAAAGAUUCCCAUUUAGAAGUGGAAUUAAAGAAAUCUUUUACUCGAUUUACAAAUGAUAUAAUUGCAUCUGCUGUUUUUGGUGUGAAAUGUGAUUCAUUGAAUAAUGAGAAAAAUGAAUUCUAUUUGAUGGGCUGCAAAGCAGCAUAUUUUGCAACUUGGAGAAUAUUGUUAUCGAAUUUUUGUCCUUGGAUUUUGAAGUUUUUAAAUCUCGGUGGAGUAAUACCCGAAGAAUGUUGCAAAUAUUUCAAAAAUUUAGUUUAUGAAACUAAAGCUGUUCGAGAACGAGAGAAUAUUAUUCGACCCGAUAUACUUCAUUUAUUAAUUCAGGCUCAAAAAGGUGCUUUAAAAGAUGAUUCGGUUGAAGAGAAUAAAGGAUUUGUUGGUACUGAAUCGAAAACGGUGGGAAAUAUUAAAAAAUUGGACGAUGAUGACAUUGCAGCCCAAGCAUUUUUAUUUUUCUUAGGUGGUUUUGAAACUACAUCAAUUUUAAUGUGUUUCACAAUUUUUGAAUUAGCUUUAAAUCCAGACAUCCAAGAACGUCUUCUCAUCGAAAUUCAAAAUACAUUAAGCGAAUCCAAUGGAGAAUUUUCAUACGAUGUUGUACAUAAAAUGAAAUAUUUAGAUAUGAUUGUCACAGAAACUUUGAGAAAAUGGCCACCAGCACCAAUUGCCGACAGAGUUACAACAAAGAAUUAUAAAAUUCAAGUUGGUAAAAAACUACUAACUUUAGAGCCAGGUUUUCCAAUUACUAUACCAAUAAUCGGAUUUCAUCGGGAUCCGCAAUAUUAUCCAAAUCCAGAAAAAUUUGAUCCAGAACGUUUUAACGAUGAGAAUAAGAAAAAUAUUAAACCGUUAACGUUUUGUCCAUUUGGAGCUGGACCACGACUUUGUAUAGGCGCAAGAUUUGCAGUAAUGAACGCAAAAAUUAUUAUUUUUCAUAUGAUAAAAAACUUCGAAGUAAUUCUCGUAAAAAAUUCAACUGUACCACCAGUAUUAUCAUCAAAAUCGGGAAAUACAAUUCUGGAAAAUGGUUUUCAUGUUGGUUUAAAACUAAGAAAAUUGUAACAAGCACCUAUUAUU